GAAAAAUAACGCCCUCAGAUCCACAGCGGAGACGUCAACUGGGGGCGCUAGUUCUAUACCGGCGGUUCUCUCAAGACAAUAAAGUGUGGAGGAAGAAGAGCUGCGCGGUUUUAGAGGGAAACAGGAGCUGAUCUGCUGAAGAAAUAGAGAGAAACAGGAGCUGAUCUGCAGGACAGAGAGAGAGAGACACACACACGUCGUAGGUCCUUUAGAGAAUGAUCUCCUGCUCUAACUGACCAAGUGCUUUCCUGCACAUAUCGAAGCAACAUCCACAAACACAUCAAGAAGCUGCUAAAAUUAAUAAAGACUGAGUGUGAGAAUAUGAUGUCUAGAAGCUCCAGUACUCAGAAAGCGUCCUCUGCUGCUGAUCUCCACAUGAACUCACCUCGCAAACCAACACAAAAGAUUACAGGCAAAAACAGAGCUCACUACUGCUCAGAGUGUGGUAAGAGUUUUAGAACACCGAGUCAUCUCCAAAUACACCAGCGGUUUCACACAAGAGAGAAGCAGUUUCACUGCUCAGACUGUGGAAAGAGUUUCACUGUAUUGAGUCAUCUCAAAACACACCAGCGCAUUCACACAGGAGAGAAACCGUAUCACUGCUCAGAGUGUGGGAAGAGUUUUACAGAAGGUGGUACCCUCAAGAAACACCAGCGCAUUCACACAGGAGAGAAACCAUAUCACUGUUCAGAGUGUGGGAAGAGAUUUAGUCAACAGAGUCAUCUCCAAUCACAUCAGCGCAUUCACACAAGAGAGAAACCAUAUCACUGUCCAGAGUGUGGAAAGAGUUUCACUAUACAGGGUAGUCUUCAAAGACAUCAGCGGAUUCACACAGGAGAGAAACCGUAUCACUGCUCAGACUGUGGAAAGAGUUUUAGUCAACAGAAUCAUCUCCAAAUACACCAGCGCAUUCACACAGGAGAGAAACCAUAUCACUGCUCAGACUGUGGACAGAGUUUUAGAGAAAGUAGUGACCUCAGAAUACACCAGCGCAUUCACACAAGAGAGAAACCGUAUCACUGUUCAGAGUGUGGGAAGAGUUUUAUUCAACACAAUCAUCUCCAAUCACAUCAGCGCAUUCACACAGGAGAGAAACCGUAUUACUGUUCAGAAUGUGGGAAGAGUUUUGCUGCACAAAAUAGUCUCCAAAUACAUCAGCGCAUUCACACAGGAGAGAAACCGUAUUACUGCUCAAAGUGUGGGAAGAGUUUUGCUGUACAGAGCAAUCUUCAAAGACAUCAGCGCAUUCACACAGGACAGAAACCGUAUUACUGCUUUGAAUGUGGGAAGAGUUUUAGAGAAAGUGGUGCCCUCAAGACUCACCAGCGGAUUCACACCUGAAAGAAACUGCAUAAUUGCUCAGUGUGGGAGGAGCUUCAGUCUUUCAAAUUCUAAGACACAUGCAUGAUUUGAUGUUUCAAAACCCCCUUAUGAUUAAGGGACACAACAGACUGUGUACUCUGCCUGGGAAAGGGUUACCUGGACCUACCCCCGGAGCCAGGACUAGGGGUAAAAUACCUUGGCAAGCACCUGGUGGCUGGGGAGCCCACGUCACCUGGCCAGGCUCAGCCAAAAAUGCAAUGUGGGGGGACCAAGUGACACAAGAUUCAGCAUGGAAGACCAGUGCAGUGCCAUAUAGGCGGUCGGAGAUGGCAGGGAGAACCUUGGUGCCACGGACCCCUGCGCUGGAAACUGGCUCUUGGCAUGCGGAAUGUAACCUCACUGGGGGAAAGAGCCAGAGCUUGUGCAGAAGGUUGAGAGGUACCAAGUAGAUAUCGCUGGGCUCAUCUCCACCCACAACGCUUGCUCUGGAACCAAACUCCUUGAUAGGGGAUGGUCCCUCUCCUACUCAGGAGUUGCACAGAGUGAGAGGCAGUGGGUGGGUGUUGGGAUAUUCACAAGUCACCAUCUGGCUGCCGUGCAAUUGGAGUUUGUCCCGGUGGACAAGAGGGUUGCCUCAUUGCAAAUUAAAAUCACAAGGAGGAAAACUCUGACUGUGUGUGCUUAUGCACCAAAUAACAGUUUGGAGUAUUCAGCCUUCUUGGAGCGAGUGAGUGGGGUUCUGGAAAGGGCCCCACCCACAGACUCCAUAGUCUUGCUUGGAGACUUCAGUGCUCAUGUUUGCAAUGACUGGGAACCCUGGAGGGGGUGAUAGGGAUCAGGGCCUGCAUGAUCUAAACUUGAAUGGUGAAUUGUUAUUGGACUUCUGUGUUAGUCAUGGAUUGUCCAUAACGAACACCAAGUUUGAACACAAGCACAUUCAUAAUUGUACUUGAUACCAGAGCUUCUUGGAUCAAAGGUCAGUGAUCGUCAUUGCUGUUUUCUAUUACCAUUGCUGCAUUAAAUUAAACCCAGAAUAAGACACAAAAAGCCACAGUAGAUGAUGUGACUUACUCUAAAAAAAAAAAAAACGUGUAACACAAACACAAGAUUUUAGAUAAACAGAUGUGUUAAUGGCCUGAUACCUCAGUCAGUGCUAUAGAUGAAUCUUUUCACCUUAUAUUUUUCAGCUUAAAAUAGCUUUCUCGGUUUUGUUUGGAUUUCCCAAUAUUUGAGUCUUUGGAUUACUGGCUCAUGGAUUUUGUUUAAAAUGCUUGUUGAUGGAUGCAUGUACCUCUGCCUCGUCCAAAAUGUCAGCAUCAAUGCUGAAUGCAAUUUGAGUGUUGCUGUUCAGGUCACAGGGCCACAAAUCAGAUAUGUAUGUGAUCCAGAAUUAAAAACAAUCUUGCAAAGGCUGACAUUAUAGAUCAGGCCUCUCAGUCAUCAACCCAAGAACAACCUUGAAUGUAAAUAAAAAGUUUUUGCCUGCUUAUUCUAUCCAAGGUUGGCAUGGUGAUUUGUUCUGAGCUGCUGUGACACCAUAUAUACACACGUGGACAAAAUUGUUGGUACCCUUCUAUUAAAGAAAGAAAAACCCACAGUGGUCACUGAAAUAACUUGAAACUGACAGAAAUAAUAAUAAAUAAAAAUUUACUGAAAAUCAGCUAAUGAAAAUCAGACAUUGCUUUUGACUUGUGUUUCAACAGAGUAAUUAAAAAAAAAAACUAAUGAAACUGGUCUGGACAAAAAUGGUGGUACCCUAGAAAAGAUUAAAAAUAAUUUGACCAUAGGGCCAUGUUAAACUAAGGUGUGUCCUGUAAUUAGCAUCACAGGUGUCUUCAAACUUGUAAUCAGUCAGUCUGCCUAUUUAAAGGGUGAAAAGUAGUCACUGUGCUCUUUGGUAUCAUGGUGUGUACCACACUGAACAUGGACUACAGAAAGCUAAGGAGAGAGUUGUUUCAAGAGAUUAAAAAGAAAAUUAUAGACAAACAUGUUGAAGGUAAAGGCUGUAAGACCAUCUCCAAGCAGCAUGAUGUUCCUGUUGCUACAGUUGCACAUAUUAUUCAGAAGUUUAUGAAGAAUGGCGAAGAGCAAAGCAUUGGACUAUUCUGAAGUGGCCUUCUAUGAGCCCUGAUCUAAAUCCUAUUGAACAUCUGUGGAAGGAGCUGAAACAUGCAGUCUGGACUAGGCACCCUUCAAACCUGAGACAGCUGGAGCAGUUUGCUCACAAGGAGUGGGCCAAAAUACUUGUGGACAGGGUGCAGAAGUCUCAUUGAGAGUUACAGAAAUCGCUUGAUUGCAGUGAUUGCCUCAAAAGAUUGUGCAACAAAACAUUAAGUUAAGGGUACCAUCAUUUUUGUCCUGGCCAGUUUUGUUAGUUUGUUUUUUAAAAUUAUUCUGUUGAACCAUUUAUUUUUACUUGUAUCAGUUUUAAGUUAUUUCAGUGACCAUUGUGGGUUUUUCUUUCUUUAACGGAAGGGUACUAACAAUUUUGUCCAUGUGUGCAUUACCCAUAAGUUCAGAACUCUGUUGUCUCUUGUGUUCAAGGAAUGUGCUGGGUUGUGACAAAUCAGCGUCUUCUUAUACAUUAGGCCUAGGUUUUAUCUUUGUUUCCUCAACCGAUUUAUUAUGCAUAUAUGUUAAAACUUUUGUUUUUUUAUGUUACAGUUAUUUGUAACUGUUCUGUUGGCCAAUGAUAUGUACAACUCCACUUUUGGGGACUGUAUAACCUUAUUUAAUUUGGCCUUUCUGGAUUCAUUCUUCUUCCCAGCUGUGACUUUAAAUAAACAUAUUACUUUAAUUUAAUUGUUACUCUGUGGUAUGCUUUAGUAGAGAUGGCCACUGCAAUGUACAUUUUGCAUUAUUUUUGUCUUUUUAUUACUUUAAUUAAAUUUUGUGAGUUAUUAGUUGUGUAUGUAUCUUGUAGCAGAGAUUUAAAUAGACUAGGACAAUCACUAUGAGUAAUCAAAUUUCCUUCAGAUGUUUAAAAAAAAGCUUCUAUAAUUCUGUUUCCGUGGUUUAGUCUUCUUAGUGUUAACCAUCAAGUGUACCUCAAAUAUUUUUAUAAUAAAUUGAUUUCUGUUGUUGCAUACUGUUAAUAAACUGUCUCAUUGUUAA